AUGUCUAUUAGUCCACCCGAGGUUACUUCAAUAGCACGUGUGUCUGGGGCUGAUUCAUCCACACCAGUCAUGAUUGAUAGCCCAAUAUUUGUAAGCCGUGAUGGCUGUGAUCCCACACAGGAGGGUGGUGAAACACAAGAAUGGGGAACCGAAGACACCAAUAGGCACCAAGGAGACGCGGCUGAAGAUGAUGGUAAAUUCCGAGUACCUAAAAGGAAUAAAACAUCUGAGGCAUGGGAAGAUUUCGACGAUUUGGAAGAAAAUGGCAUAUAUUAUGCCAUUUGUAAACAUUGUAGCAAGAAACUAAAUCGGGGAAAAACUAAACAAACCAGCAGCAUGUGGAGGCAUCGAGAAAACUGUUCCGUUAGAAAAGCCAAGCUUAGGAUGGCUGAGCAGCAAACAAAGAUUAACUUUCAGCCGGCGGAUGAGCGUUUUUCAACUGUACCACCAUUGCACACGGGCAAAUUUGAUAUGGAAGCAAUGAGAGAGGCUGCUGCACAUUGGAUCUUGAUGCACGAGCAUCCUUUCACAAUUUUGGAGGAAGAGGGUUUCAACCUAAUGAUGAAACGUGGCUGGCCGGAGUGGCAGAAGAUCUCACGUAUGACAACUAAAAAGGAUUGUACACAGGUGUACGAGAUAGAGAAAAAGAAGUUGAAGAACUUGCUGAGGCAGGUACAGAAAGUCAGCUUGACCGCUGAUAUGUGGAAAUCAAAGAAUCAGAAAAUUGAAUACAUGGUGGUGACCGGACAUUGGAUUGAUGGAAAUUGGAAGCUUCAGAAAAGGGUGUUAAAUUUUGUUCAUAUUCGACCACCACGUCGAGGAGUUGAGAUUUCGGAUGCAGUUUUUAAGUGUGCAAAGGAAUGGGGAAAUGAGGAAAAAAUUCACACUAUUUCCGUGGACAAUGCCUCAAACAAUGAUGUGGCCGUGAGAUUGUUGAAAGAUGACUUUGGGAGAUGCAAGAAGCUAUUGGGUGGAGGAAAGCUGUUUCAUGUUCGUUGUUGCGCCCAUGUCUUGAACCUUAUGGUUCAAGAUGGCUUGAAAGAGAUAGUAGACAUUUGUGAAAAUAUUCGAGAUAGUGUAGAUUUUGUGAACAAAUCUGAUGGUAGGGCAUUGCUAUUUGCAGAAAUUGCUCAACACCUGCAAAUUCCUGGAAAAAAAUUGCUCCAUGAUUGUAGGACGAGAUGGAAUUCAACAUAUGAAAUGUUGAAUUGUGCUAUAAAAUAUAAAGAGGUUUUUCCUCAUUUUCAAGUUCGAGAGCCCCUUUAUGAGUAUUGUCCAUCUUCAGAGGAUUGGGAGAAAGUUGUGAAAGUUUGCACCAUUUUAGAGAAGUUCUACACAGCCACGCACAUAAUUUCGGGGAGUGAGUAUCCAACUAGCAAUCUAUUCCUCCCUAAGAUUCUAAAGGUGAAGAAACUCUUGGAUGCACGAGUAGAUGAUGAAGAUGAUUUUGUCCGGGGUAUGAUUACAAGAAUGAAGCUCAAGUUUGACAAAUACUGGAAAGAGUGCAAUUUAUUGAUGUCCAUUGCAGCUAUCUUGGAUCCUAGACAGAAAAUGCGAGCAAUAGAGUUUGCCUUCCCUAAGAUGUAUUCCACAUAUGAAGCUCAAGAGAAUAUCACAUAUGUUCGAAAAGCCAUCUUUGAGCUUUAUGAGGAGUACGUUGCUAUGGGUACAAGUGGAAAUGCAGGGGAAGGUUGUUCAUUAAAUCUUGCAUCUGAAAUAGUGUGUCCACCUCGAGCAAGUGCUGACUAUUGGGAUGAUUUGGAUGAGUAUUGUGGUGAACUCGAAUCUGAUGAACCCCAUAAGAGUGAGUUGGUGGAUUACCUAGACAAGCCUCGCCAACCUAUUGGGCAAAAUCCAAAGGAUUUCAAAUGUCUUGAUUGGUGGAAAAUCAACCGAUCAGCAUACCCGGUACUCUCUCAACUAGCAGCUGAUGUAUUGGCCAUUCCUAUCACUACCGUCGCAUCUGAGUCCACCUUUAGUGCUGGAACUAGGGUGAUUGAUUCAUACCGUGCUUCACUUGCUCCAGAGACAGUUCAGACGUUAAUGUGUGCAGGCGAUUGGUGUAGAAAUUUACACGGGGUCAAAAAGAAAUUGAAAGCUCUGGGAGAAAGGAUUCGGCUUGUCUUAACCUGUGAACAAGAUGGACAGGUGUGUCCCAAGGAACAGGUUAUGCUCUAUGUAUCCAAGAUGAUUCCAGCAUCUGACAGAGGUAGAUUCUUUGCUUUUGGCCGUGUGUUUUCUGAAAAAAUCGCUACUGGCAUGAAGUGCAAGAUUGCAUCUGACCUUAUGUUUAGUGCAAGUCUGCAAGACUUUCUGGCUCCAGGACUUUAUGGCUUCUAA